CAUGAUUAUUUUCUGCAGUAAAUAAAAAGCCCCCAUUUUUUUUAUUUACAUUAAAAAAAGCCUACAGAAAGGCCAAAGAAGCUUCUUUUUCUACCUCAACAAAAAACCAGCGCUCUUUUUUAGGUGCCCAAAGCACUAAAAAGAGGAACCGAAAUAUAAAAAACCUCUCGAGUAUUUCUUGUUCAUUCAAGGCCUAGCCCAAAAGAAAAAAUCCAUUUUUUUUCUUCAGAGUUUCUACAUUGAGCUGCAAAAGGGGAAAAAAAAAUUAUUCCUUUUUGAUGUCUAUACCUCAAGAACACGAUUACAUAGGCUUGUGCGAGCCUCUAACACUCGAGAAAGCCGAGAAAAGGAAUGGUCUGAAUUUGAAAGAAACCGAGUUGAGGCUCGGGUUGCCAGGCUCGGAGUCCCCUGAGAGGAAGGCUGGUUUUGGGGUUUCUAUUUUCGGUAAGGAUUUGAAGGAUGAGAGCAAUAAUGGCAAUGGGUUUUCCAAGAAUUUUGUUGCGGGGGCAAAGAGGGGUUUUUCUGAUGCAAUAAAUGGUUCUGGGAAGUGGGGUUUGGGUAUUAAUGGCGGAUCUGAGGGUAAUUUGGGAAAAAGUGAUGGCUUGUUUUCGCCGAAGAGCAGUUUGGCUGGGAGCUCUGUGAAGGAGGUUGUUGCUCCUGUGAAGGCUGCUGAGGAGAAGAAGAGUGAAAAUGUCAGUAAUGCCCCUGCUGCAAAGGCACAAGUAGUUGGAUGGCCACCAAUUAGAUCUUUCAGAAAGAACACCUUAGCUACUAAUUUACCCAAAAAUGAAGAGGCCGGUAAAUCGGGACCAGUUUGCCUGUAUGUGAAGGUUAGCAUGGAUGGUGCCCCUUAUCUGAGGAAGAUUGAUCUCAAAACUUACUGCAGCUAUCCUGAACUUUCAUCGGCUCUCGAGAAGAUGUUUAGCUGUUUCACCAUAGGGCAAUGUGCCGGGCAAGGACAGCUAAGCGAGAGUCGUUUGACAGAUCUGCUUAAUGGCUCUGAGUAUGUGCUGACCUAUGAAGAUAAGGAUGGUGAUUGGAUGCUCGUUGGGGAUGUUCCGUGGGAAAUGUUUUUGGAUUCAUGCAAGAGAUUGAGGAUCAUGAAAAGCUCUGAUGCAAUUGGGUUAGCUCCAAGAACCAUGCAGAAGUGCCAGAGUCAAAACUAAAGGAUGAGCUCGAUGGAUCCUUGGGAUUUCAAGAAAUCGAUAAAAUUUUUAUCUUAUAUUUUUAUUUUUAUUAUUGUGACUAGGUUUUAUUACAUCUGUAGUGUGGCAUGACAUGAAAAUGUUUUGCGAGUAAUGUGUGCUGAAUAUGUAUUUGCCAACUUGAAGCUUGUUAUGUAAAUGGAGUUGUGGUAAUUUGAUAUUUGUGCGUGUGACCCAAAAUUUUAGUGGAAGGUCUGAAUAUUUAUUAUCAUUAUCAAUGUCAGAUUUGAAUAACUGUGUGAUUGGUGCAAGGACCAGGUUGAAUCAUUUUUAUUACACAAC